GAGGCAAAUUAACGGGAUGUAUUCAAGAGAGUUGGAUAUAGCUCUUCGGGUUAACGGAAUCAAGGGAUAUGGGGAGAAGGCAGGAACGGGGUACUGAUUCUGGAUGAUUAGCCAUGAUCAUAUUGUAUGGCGGUGCUGGCUCGGGGGGCCGAAUGGCCUCCUCCUGCACCGAUUUUCUAUGUUUAUAUAUUUCUACAUAUAUAUAGAAAAUAGAUUUAAUUGUCUUUGAAUGAUACAGCAUGGAAACAGGCACGUUGUCAGACUUGAGGCCAGGCUAACCAUCGAUCACCUGUUCACACCAGUUCUGUUAUCCCACUUUAACAUCCCUUUGGGACAAUUUUUUUAACAGGGGCCAAUUAACCUACGAACCUAUGUGUCUUUGAGAUGUGGGGGGAAACCAGAGCACCUAUAGGAAUUCCAUACAGUCACAAGGAGAACGUGCAAACUCCACACAUACAGCGUUAGAGGUCAAGAUCCAACCCUGGACUCUGCCACUGUGAGCAUCAGCUGUGCCACACAAAAUCUUUAUUAAUUGGUGAACUGAGAACGAUGUGGAUAUUGAAAACUAUAUGUCAAUGAAUCUUUUAUUUUAGAAAAGAUGUGCUUGUAAAAACAAGGAAAUACAGAUGCUGGUCUAACUUCAAGUUCUGAGUUGGAUGAUCAGCCAUGAUCAUAUUGAAUGGCGGUGAGGCUCGAAGGGCCGAAUGGCCUACUCCUGCACCUAAUUUCUAUGUCUAUGUUUCUAACAUGUAGAAUGGAUCAUUGUGUCGGGUCGGGACCCCUCUGAGGUGACAUUUCAGGUUGGGUGACAGAGAUGACAUUCAAAAUGUGAUCUAUGCAUGUUCUUCAGGGAUGCUGCCUGACCCACCCUGCGUUGCUCCAGCACUUUGUGUCUUAUUUUAGACUGUGUUUGAUCAGCUUGAGUUGUCAAUGCCCACAUUCCUUUGCCUUGUGCGUGUGUUGUGUGUGAUGUUUCUUCAUUCUCCCAGCAAGUCUCCCAUCGGAGGCAGGGACCUUGGUGUCUUGCUGGACCUCCCCUGCCUCAGUGAGGUGGGGGGAGGACAGCUGCAGCCCAUUUUACGGUGUGACCUUGAUUCGUCACGGUUUGGCGAGCAGCACAGGACACACCACCACCUCCCUCUGCUCAGCUCUGGGCUCUUCCCACUGGCUGGGAUGCCGGAUAUUACAGGAGCGGGCAAGACAUUACCUGCCCUGAACCCGGGCUCUGUGAGCUGGGAGAGUACAGUGCUUUAGUGCGUGCGGGCUGCUUUCAAUGAGCGCUGUCGCGGUUUGGAUCACACAGUCCCGGCGUUACAUUGUGCGAAACCUCUCUGCCGGGCGACCAGCAGCCCGCCCGGGGAUGUCUCAUGCCUGAAGCUCACCCCAUCUUUCUGUGCAGCCCCUGCGCUCGGCUUCUGUGCGAGUUCUGCCCACCGUCUUAUAGGAGUUUGCAACAAUGCUUUGUUAGCAGAAGAGGUAUAUUUGGACAGCGUUUGGAAGAUACGGUGCAGUGCGAGAGGAAGUUUGGAAGGCAUUUGGCUCCAUUACUAGUGGAACAGUGUGUGGACUUUAUCAGAGAACAUGGACUCAACGAAGAAGGGUUAUUCCGCAUGCCUGGGCAAGCCAACCUGGUCAAAGAGCUCCAGGAUUCUUUCAACUGUGGAGAGAAGCCGCUAUUUGACAAGAACACAGACGUCCACACAGUCGCAUCCCUGCUGAAGCUGUACUUGAGGGAGUUGCCAGAACCAGUCAUCCCGUUUGCAAAGUAUGAGGACUUCCUUUCAUGUGCACAGCUGCUGGCCAAGGACAAAGAAGAGGGUGUCCAAGAGCUGAUCAAACAGGUUGCUGGACUGCCUCAGGCCAAUUACAAUCUGCUCAAAUACACCUGCAGGUUCCUUGAUGAAGUUCAGUCUUAUUCAAGUGUCAAUAAAAUGAGUGUCCAGAAUCUUGCCACAGUCUUUGGACCAAAUAUCUUGCGUCCGAAGCUGGAGGAUCCAGUGACUAUAAUGAAAGGUACCUCCCUGGUGCAGCAUUUGAUGACAGUGUUGAUCAGCGAACAUGCCCGCGUGUUCCCCAUAGUUGCCAGCGACAUCCCGGCGCCAGCCCCCGAGUCCAGGUCACUGAGCAAGCGCUGCCUGGUGGAGUGGGUGUCGGAGGAGGAGAGCGAGGAGACCAAGGCUGACAACCAGGCGGGCAGCGCCUGCGACAGCUCCACCUCGCUGGACGUCAACGUCAGCACCCCCGUGACCGUGGCUAAAACCGCGUCUCGCGAGCGGGCGGACAAGCAACUUGCGGGUAGCACCAGCCCGGGCCGGAGACUGCAAACUCUCCCCGGGUGGAAAUACACCUUCAAGCAGGCGGGCGGGAGAUCGGGCAGCGCCAAGGUGGGCGGCUCCAGCCUAGAUAUUCCCCACUUGUCCGCCAGCGGGAAUUGGCUGAUGAACGGCCUGUCCUCGCUCCGAGGGCACAGAAGGACUUCAUCUGGGGACAGAAUCAAAGAGACUGGGUCCUCUCGCCUGUCCACCUACGACAAUGUACCGUCGUCUAACCUGUCGCUGAGUGCCGGUGACCGGCACAGUGUCGCCAGCACCACCUGGUCCACGUCCUCCUGUGAAAUCUCCGUCGUCGACUCCGGCAGCUCCUUGGCCUGUCGGGAAAGUGACUCCUCCGCGCUGAACGGCACCCAGGGGGAGUGGAGGGCGCAGGGUAGGCAGCCCCGUGGCGAGGCCCAGCGCAGCGAGCCCUUCGAGACCUGCGGCAGCAGUGCCAGCUGCAGCGACAACAGUGAUGCCCUCUUCCCCUCCACUGAACCUGCCAUGUGCUCCAAGGCACUUCAGAGCCUGGUCUCUGAGCUCAAGUGUGAACUGACCAAGCAAAGGGCAGAGUACGAAACCAGGAUCAAAAGGCUGGAGGAGUCGAGUACAGAGCUUCGAGUGCAAGUCAACAGACUGGAAGAGGAGUUGGACCAGGGCAAAAAGAAAUACACCAUGCUGGAAAUAAAGAUGCGCAACGCAGACCGAGCGCGUGAAGAUGCCGAGAAGCGGAACCAACUCCUGCAGAAGGAAAUGGAGAAUUUCUUUGCCACGUUAGGAGACUUUACACUGGAACCCAGGGACACCAACCCCAAAUAGUUCUUAAACCUGCAACAUGCCGGACGGAACCUGAAGACACCCGUUUACAAACUUCAUUGGCGUUUUAUACGAAGCAUAUGCAUUUAUUUUUAAUGUUAUGAUUUUAAUGUGGUAUGAGUAUUAAUAGUCAAUUCUGUUUAGUUCCAUUCAUGCUUUUAUUUGUUGCUGUUGGGAAGCCUGUUCCGGCUCUGGCGGGCUGUUUACAUGUUUGUGUUUCCACGAGUAGGGAUUUGGGAAUUACUUUGUCUCCCGUUUAUGCCCAUUCCAAAGAGUUCCACACACUGCUUCUGCUCAAGAAGCGACCAUGUUUACAAUGCACUGUGUCCCUUUGCCUCUCUGCAAGUCUAGUCUAGCCUUUAUGAUUUUGCCGGUGGGCUUGGUGAGGAAGUUGAAGGCAGAACUUAACAUCUCCCGAGUCAAAUUUGUCACGUUUUCAGUUUACGGUAGAACUCUGGUAGUCCGCUGUCUGAUUGUUCCGAAAACCCAACGGUUUAACAGCCGGCUCUCUCUAUGGGUCGGAGUGCACCGUAGGUGUUUUGAGUGAAGGUCUGGGGCAGCGUUGUGGCGCAGCAGGUUGAGUUGCUGCCUCUCAGCGCCAGUGACCCCUGGUUCAAUCCUGACCUCGGGUGCCAUCUGUGUGGAGUUGCGCAUUCUCCUUGUGACAGCGUGGGUUUCCUCCCACAUCCCAUAGACGUGUGAGAUUGUAGGUUCAUUGGCCUCUUCAAUGGUGUGCAGGGAGUGGAUGCGAAAGUGGGAUAAGAAAGAACUAACGUGACUGGGUGAUCAAUGGUCGGCGUGGCCUCGACACUGGAUCUUUCAAACAAUCAAAUGCAGAUUGGGAAUAGGAGAGUGGGUAGGUAUGCUGCUAGACCUGGGGUUCAGAUUAAGGAGAUACAGCAUGGAAACCAGUCCUUCAGCCCACCAGGACCCUACUCACCAUCAAUGACCCACCUGCACUAAUUCUGUAUUAAUCCUAUUCAAUUUUAAAUUCUCUCCACAUUCCCUUUAAUUUGACCAGAUCCUACCAAGCAUACCAAACUAUGGGCAAUAUACAACUACCAGCAGAUGCACCCAGAGUGCAAAGUCGACACCUGUGGUGAGGAUUGAACCCGGGACUCUGGAGCUGUGAGGCAGCUGCUCUAUCCGCUGUGCCACCGUGCCGACAUUGUCCUGUCAUGUUGCAAUGUCGCUGAGAUCUGUUUCCCCGUGCACCAUUUAAACCCACCAGGGUUCACUGCACGACUGUGUGACAAGUUAAAACCAAAUGACGUAAAAUCCUGUAAGGGUAUUAAUAGUAGCAUCCAAUAAUCCGUGAAAAAAUCCCUUGUUAAUCCCAGUUCAGGUGAGAUGGCAAGAUUACUCUCCAUUCAGCAUUGCCUCUAUAAUCCCCUCAAGUUACUGCCUUAUUCAUUAUUUAAAUGUUAGUAAUCCCUUUUCUGUCUAUUAUAUCAAACAUCAGAAACACUCCUGUGUUAAAAACAUCUGGAACAGUCAGAAUUUUAUUGUACAGUUUAAACUUUCCCUCUGCUGGUCUCUGUCAGGGGAGCAAACAAGAAUUCCAUUGUCAAUUUUAGUUUUCGAUUUCAGAGCCAGCAAAUCUUCGAAGUACACGUCAACUAAAGGUCCGAGCGACUAUCGCCCGACUGCCAACUUGCACAGGGUGUUAUCUCUUUGUCACUAGCAUCACUUAAAAAUAAUAAUUCUGGCUGCUCAGAUGGUGCUGAAUGAGUCUUGUGUUUAAACACUGAGCAAGACUGCCACCUGCAGGCAUUGCCUCAACCCUACAGCAGGUUCAGCUCAGGCAAGAUUGCAACCUUCACCUUCCUAACUCAGCAUUGUCCUAACACCACCGUGAACAGCCCCAUCUUUAGCUCGGGUUGUAAACCUGGAGGAAGAAACUCAGACCAAAGGGAAACGAUUGGCAGACAAUGCAAAAAGAGUACAAACAUUGAAAGAAAGAGCCUCUGAUAAUCUGAUAACCUCUGCAUAAUAGUGCUAAAAUUCAAAGCAUUUCCAUAUCCAUGUUUGAGAAUUAAUUCCACAUUGUUGUAUUUCUGAUUAUGUUUUUUACUUUAGUAACCCCCCCCCUUCUUGUUCACCCUAUAUAAGCGUCAGAAAUACGUCUGUAUCAGACAUCUGGGCGAUACAGUCGGCAAUGAGCUGAUUCACUGCACUAGAGGAAAAAAUACAAUUGAGGAAUUGAAAUGUAGAAAGAUAUUGAAGUACUACUCCCCAUAAGUUGGUCAUUGAAAUACUGACCCUUAAAGGCUAAUCAUUUAGCCUGGUGUGUUAUUAUACGGAUAGAUUCUUAGUAAUGUUUUAUCAUCAUAUUAGUUUGCUAUUUCAUGUUCCCACACCCGCCUUACAUAACCGAGCAAAUUGGCAGAAUCAAAGCACAGAAGUUUCAGGAUAUUCAAAGAGUUCAGACAUGCAGGGAUGAGGAAGUGUGUGAAUUUAUACAAUGAAUUAUAGACUGGAGCACGGGGAAUUGUCAGUAUCUUGUCUGAAUCCUUAAUGUGGCUGUGGUCUUACUGCCUGGUGCAGUCAGCUAAUAGUCCAAGAGACGGGUGUGGAUUAUCUCGGCUCACUACAGGAGAAUGGGAUUAGCUAGGGUUUCCAGAACUGUCCUCUGUGUCUGUUAUGGAAUUGUGUGCAUUCACACACAAAGCCAAAACCUUGUUAAGGCUAAAGCCAAUCAAGCUACUAUCGAUCGCCAUGGUUGCUACCAGUCCGCAGAGUAUUUCCACUGUUUUAUAUUUGAUUUCCAUAGAAGAUAUUUUAUACAAUGGUCUGAAGAGGGGUCUUAACCUUUUCCUUUUCUCCAGAGAUGCUGUCUGACCCGCAGAGUUACUCCAACAUUUUGAGUCUAUCUUUGAAGCUAUUUUGACACUCCUUGCAGUAACAUAUUGGCUGUCCUAAUCCAGUUGCAAUACAUUAUCCUUCAAGUACAAUCAUGUUUUAAGGAGGAGUUGAUCAGAGCUAUAAUAUUUCUGCUGCAGGAACGAACUGCAGAUGCUGGUUUAAACCGAAGAAAGACACAAAAAGCUGCAGUGACUCAGCGGGUCAGGCAGCAUCUCUGGAGAAAAGGAACAGGUGCCAUUCGGGGUCGAAACCCUUCUUCAGACUGGGAGUCAGGGGAAAAGAAGGGUCUCGACCCAAAACAUCACCUAUUCCUUUUCUCCAGAGAUACUGUCUGUCCCACUGAGUGACUCCAGCUGUUUUUGUAAUAUUUCCUCCGCUGUUUGAAACAUUUUCAAUAUUUGACUCGCCACUCGAUUUUAAAAAGGUGUUAUGGAUUGUAUUACCUAUCCCUGUUUGAAAAGUACUCAUAGGGCCCCCGACAGGAUUUAAGCCCUUUAUAUCGUGAACACAUGGUAAUGCAUUCUUGAGGUGGGGGUGGGGAUGUGGGGGGACGACAUAAAAGCCACUUUUGAUUUUGUUUCAAAUCAGGUCCAACAAAUGUUUACAUCUAUUCAGGAAACAUUGGCAGCAGUUUUCAAUGGCCAGCACCUCAGUGGCUGCAGAACACACAUCUGGAUACAGUGUUUAAGAAGGAACUGCAGAUGCUGGAAAAUCGAAGGUAGACAAAAAUGCUGGAGAAACUCAGCG